AUGCAUGGCCACGUUGGCUUCCCUGUCCAUAGAGCCUACGCCAAACUACCACCUCAGACAACGUUCACCGGCCGUUAUGUGCUUGUCGAACCACUUGAUGCGAAGUAUAUCGACGAUCUUUACGCCAGCUUAGGACAACCAGAACACUAUGGCCUCUGGACCUACCUUCCCGCCGGGCCUUUUCAAGAUAAGAAAUCUUUCACUGAGGCCCAGCGGAAAGCAGUAGGAUUCUUCAGUCUUAUGCGUAUUGACUUGGAGAACCGUGUGGUGGAGAUUGGAUAUAUUCGCACAACAGCCGCGACAGAGACUUUCUACCUGACGGCACGUGCUGUAUUCGAAGAUCUACAUUUCCGUCGUCUUGAGUGGAAAUGUAAUGACCUUAAUAACCUCUCCAAGCGGGCUGCGGCUCGUUUUGGGUUCACGGCUGAAGGUGUCUUCCGCCAGCAUAUGGUUGUGAAAGGUAGCAACCGUGAUACGGCUUGGUUCUCAAUGAUUGACUCGGAAUGGCCUGCUUUACAAGAUGCUUUUGCGAAGUGGCUUGACCCACUCAAUUUCGAUGGUAAUGGAAUCCAGCGUUGCUCGCUUGGCUCUUUCCGCCGAACUUGA